AUGUCUUCCACAGGGACAAGAACGAGAUACUUUGCCCGCCCCAAAUCUCUUGACGAGACGUUGAGCAGUUCGUCGCGCGAGAACGGCGACCACGCCAAUAUGGCAAGCGAUCAAGCGGAGCGGUCGCUCGAGGCGGCCAAGGAGACCACAGCCUCGUAUACCAAGGUGGAGAAAGAGCCUAUGUCUUUGAAACAGGAACCUGUUAAACCAGGAAUCACCUUCGCGGCCCAGGACAAGCUACCGAAGCUGCCCAUACCCGAAUUGGAUGUGACCAUGAAGAAAUACCUUGAUGCAUUGGCUCCGCUACAGUCCCCACAGGAGCACAACGAUACAAAGGCUGCUGUUCGGGACUUUCUUGAGAACGACGGUAAGGAUUUGCAGGAACGAUUAAAGAAAUAUGCCACGGGCCGAACCAGUUACAUCGAGCAGUUCUGGUAUGACUCGUACUUGAACUAUGACAACCCCGUCGUCCUGAACCUCAACCCUUUCUUUCUACUGGAGGACGAUCCGACCCCGGCGCGGAAUAACCAAGUAACCAGGGCGGCAUCUCUGGUGAUCUCUGCUCUCUGCUUUGUCAGGGCUGUGCGAAAAGAAGAGCUGCCGCCCGACACGCUCAGAGGGACGCCCUUAUGCAUGUAUCAGUACUCGCGACUCUUUGGGACUGCACGAGUGCCUACAGAGAAUGGUUGCAUCAUCGGCCAGGAUUCCGACUCCAAACAUGUCGUCGUCAUGUGCCGCGGUCAGUUCUAUUGGUUUGAUGUUCUCGACGACAAUAACGACCUGAUCAUGACUGAAAAGGAUCUCGCCAUCAAUUUGCAGGUUAUUGUCGAUGAUGCCGAGCAGAUCCCUAUACAGGAGGCAGCCAAAGGCGCGAUCGGCGUGCUCAGCACUGAGAACCGAAAGACCUGGUCACACUUGCGCGAUUUGUUGACCAGGGAUGAAGGUUCCAACAAUGCGGACUGCCUCAACAUUGUUGACUCCGCCCUAUUCAUGAUCUGCCUGGAUUAUACCGAACCCGCAAGUGUCUCUCAGCUCUGCGGCAACAUGCUCUGCGGCACUAGUGAGGUCGAGCGUGGUGUCCAAGUUGGGACCUGCACCAAUAGAUGGUAUGACAAGCUCCAAAUUAUCGUUUGCAAGAACGGCAGUGCUGGCAUCAAUUUCGAGCACACGGGUGUGGAUGGCCAUACGGUCCUCCGAUUCGCCAGCGACGUCUACACAGACACGAUUUUGAGAUUUGCAAAGUCCAUCAACGGCCAAGCGCCAACGCUGUGGACAAGCCAGAGCCCGGACCCGUCGAAGCGAGACCCCGACAGCUUUGGCGACGUGAGCACCACUCCUCACAAGCUCGAGUGGGACAUGACCCCCGAACUGCAGAUCGCCCUGCGGUUUGCAGAGACCCGGUUAGCAGAUUUGAUCAACCAAAAUGAGUUUCAGACACUAGAUUUCACUGGUUAUGGCAAGAACUUCAUCACCUCCAUGGGCUUCUCGCCUGAUGCAUUUGUUCAAAUGGCAUUCCAAGCUGCAUAUUAUGGUCUGUAUGGCCGUGUUGAGAACACAUACGAACCUGCCAUGACCAAAACAUUCUUCCAUGGUCGGACAGAAGCCAUUCGAUCAGUGACACCCGAGUGUGUCGACUUUGUCAAAACGUUUUGGGCAGAUAAUGCCGCUUCGAAGAAGGUCGAUGCUCUGCGAGUGGCGACACAGAAACACACCGCCAUCACCAAGGAUUCAAGUAAAGCACAAGGCCCAGACCGUCAUCUAUAUGCUCUCUACUGCGUUUGGCAGCGCAAGGUGAACGACGAAUCCGCUGAAAUCGGCAGCACUACUGGAUUCAGCUCGAACGGCUACUCUAGUCCCACUGAUGUGAGCGAUAUGGGUAGUCCAAGGCGACUCGAGGAGCCCUCUUCGCCCAUUGGCCGUUCUCGUACUGGGACCGAGUCCAGCCGUUCACCGGCUCCAGCUUUGCAGCAGAUGCCGGCCCUAUUUAGUGAUGCUGGCUGGGACAAGAUCAACAACACCAUCAUCAGUACCUCCAACUGUGGCAAUCCGUCUUUACACCACUUUGGUUUCGGACCAACCUCCGGAGAUGGUUUCGGUAUUGGAUACAUCAUCAAAGAUGACUCCAUCUCAGUCUGUGCCAGCAGCAAGCACCGGCAAACUCAACGUUUUGUAGCCAGUUUAGAGUCAUACUUGAACGAAAUCCGCCGGCUUUUGAGGGCUACCAAGACGAAAGACGCUGCAGCAUCUAAAAUCACGCGGGCCCGAGAGGCAGAAGAAAAGGCGGGCAAGGACGGCCGCCUCAAGUCUCGGGGUCGGAUCAUCAAGACCGAAGCGUCAAAGGUUGAUGGUUUCCAGACUCCUACAAGCUUAGACACGGCAGAGGUAGAGGAUGAUGGAUUGGGUGGAUAUGGUUUCUUCGACGCUGGCAUGCUGUUGCAAGCCCUGAAAAAGGAUCAACCCAAACCUGCGGAACAAAUUGCGCAAAGAAGAAGGACUGUUGGCAAGAAGCUUGCUUUGAGCGAGUACUAA